UAAAGCUAAAGUUCAUUAAAUUAGUAAAGUGUACUGUUUUCCAAGUGUACAUCCAAUUUUCUUUGCUACUUUCCGUUGUUUUCGCUUUAAUGACACAAGAGAAGCUUAUAAAAGCACCCUCCCUAUUGGCUUCAUGCUUUCAUUUCAUUCAUUCAAACCACCUGCUUCCAUCAUUUUAUUAAGCCACAAAAUGGAACCUCCUUUUCAGCAUAUGUAAUUGUUGUAAAGCCUUUUCUUUCCCACUCUUCUUUUUUCUGCAUAUUCGAAUCACUACUUUUUUUGCCUAGAACAGAAUAACACAUAUAUAUAAAUACAGAGAGAGAUUAGACGAUUAGUGACGACAGAUUUGUAAAAUCAGACAGUGUGGCUAGUUGAGCUAGCUCCAUGUCUGACUCACACCCAAGUUUGUGUUCUCUUCCAAGCAUUCUUGCUCUUCUUCUAAUCUUCAUCUUCAUUCUCAUCAAAAGAAAGCAAGGCAAACCCAAGCUUAAUCUUCCCCCAGGGAAAAUGGGUUGGCCCUUUCUUGGGGAAACCAUAAGUUAUUUGAAACCUUACUCUGCCACUACAGUAGGAGAAUUCAUGGAACAGCACAUAGCAAGGUAUGGUAAAAUUUACAAGUCGAACUUGUUUGGGGGGCCAGCAAUAGUGUCAGCAGAUGCAGGGCUGAACAGGUUCAUAUUACAGAACGAAGGGAAAUUGUUUGAGUGCAGCUAUCCAAGAAGCAUUGGUGGAAUACUAGGAAAAUGGUCUAUGUUGGUUCUUGUUGGUGACAUGCACAGGGACAUGCGGGUCAUUUCACUCAAUUUUCUUAGCCAUGCCAGGCUCAGAACACAUCUCUUGAAAGAGGUGGAGCAACAUACUCUGCUGGUUCUAAACUCUUGGAAGGAAAAUUGCACAUUCUCAGCUCAAGAUGAAGCCAAGAAGUUCACCUUCAAUUUGAUGGCCAAACACAUCAUGAGCCUCCAUCCUGGGAAUAUAGAGACAGAGCAGCUGAAGAAAGAGUAUGUCACUUUUAUGAAAGGGGUGGUAUCAGCUCCACUGAAUUUUCCAGGAACUGCAUACAGAAGGGCAUUAAAGUCUAGGUCCACCAUACUGAAGUUCAUAGAGGGGAAAAUGAAUGAAAGAAUCAAAAGGAUCCAAGAUGGAAAUGAAAGUUUGGAGGAAGAUGAUCUUCUAAACUGGGUUUUGAAGCACUCAAAUCUUUCAACCGAGCAAAUCCUUGAUUUGGUUCUAAGCUUGCUCUUUGCUGGCCAUGAAACUUCAUCAGUUUCCAUAGCUCUAGCUAUUUACUUCUUGCCAGGUUGUCCUCAAGCUAUGCAACAGUUGAGGGAAGAGCACAAUGAAAUUGCCAGACUCAAGGAACAGGCAGGGGAAGUUGAAUUGACUUGGGAAGACUACAAACGAAUGGAAUUUACUCACUGUGUUGUGAAUGAGACACUUAGAUUGGGAAAUGUUGUGAGGUUCCUUCACAGGAAGGCCCUAAAAGAUGUUCGGUACAAAGGUUAUGACAUUCCAUGUGGGUGGAAAGUCCUUCCAGUAAUUGCAGCCGUGCAUCUUGAUCCUUCACUUUUUGACCAACCUCAACGCUUCAAUCCAUGGAGAUGGCAGGUAUCUUCCGGCGGAAGCAAUACUGUCCGAGCUGGAAAUGAUGGUAGUUGUGGCGGUUGCCCAAGCUCAAGCACGGGGAGUAACAACACGUUCCUCCCGUUCGGAGGAGGACCGCGGCUAUGCGCGGGGUCGGAGUUAGCCAAGCUUGAAAUGGCUGUUUUUAUCCACCAUCUAAUCCUCAACUACAAUUGGGAAUUGGUUGAUGAUACAGACCAAGCUUUUGCCUACCCUUUUGUCGAUUUCCCCAAAGGCCUACCCAUCAGAGUCCAAUCCAAACCAAACCCAACUCUAUGAAAAUUUGAUUCAAAUAUCCACCCAACUCAAUUAGUUAGUUAGCUCAGUAUUCAAUAUGUAUGUGUAAUAACUCCAAGUCUCCAAUGCAAUUUGGCCUAGCCUAUUACAAACUUUGCAUCACCAGUCUCUCUCGUUGUUGAUGUGGAGAAUCAAAAGCUAAAGCAGUUACGUGAAGAAUUUGAUGUUCCUUCCAUAUGCACAAAUCAAUCAAACAACUUUCUCACGCACGAAGGGAAGACACAAUUAAGUACAGAGGCAUGCCAAUAGGACCACUUCUCUAUAUUUUCUUUACCUCCUCUAGGCUGUAGCAGAUUUUUACCUCCCCUGUUGUACAUUUUAUAGAUAAGGCCAGAUGAGUGAAUAUUUAUUCAUCAUUUACAUUAUCCCAGAUCUGUAAUCUACUUUCCGUCCUGCAUAUAAUAAACCCAUUAUCUUUUGUGUAUAA